AUGGCCUCAUCUGGUGCACAUUUUUGCAAUUGUUCGUGUGCAGAAUCGUACAAAUUUAACUACUUCUCUCUCUCUCUCUUUCGUUUUCCCUGGGAUCAAGAUUUCUUUAUUAAAUUGUUCUUUCCAUUCUCUCAUAACGAUGUUAAUGUUUUUUACCCACCCUCUUUUGAGCUUUUCUUCUUUUAUAUUAUCUAUCUAUCUAUCUAUCUAUCUAUCUAUCUAUCUAUCUAUCUAUCUAUCUAUCUCAGUCUGUUCUUAUCUAUCUAUCAUUAUUUGUAUGUAUGUAUGUAUCUAUUUAUCUAUAUAUCUAUCUCUGUUCCUAUCUUUGUUCAUAUCUAUAACUGUUCCUAUCUAUCUAUCUAUCUAUCUAUCUAUCUCAUUCGUCUGUUUUUAUCUAUCUAUCUAAUUCUGUUAAUAUCUAUCUAUCUAUCUAAGUCUUCUGUUUUUAUCUAUCUAUCAUUAUUUGUAUCUAUCUAUCUAUCUAUCUAUCUAUCUAUCUAUCUAUCUAUCUAUCUAUCUAUCUAUCUCAGUCUGUUCUUAUCUAUCUAUCACUAUUUGUAUGUAUAUUUAUAUGUAUCUAUAUAUCUAUCUCUGUUCCUAUCUUUGUUCAUAUCUAUAACUGUUCCGAUCUAUCUAUCUAUCUAUCUAUCUAUCUAUCUAUCUAUCUAUCUCAUUCGGUUAAUAUCUAUCUAUCUAUCUAUCUAUCUAUCUAUCUAUCUAUCUAUCUAUCUAUCUCAUUCGUCUGUUUUUAUCUAUCUAUCUAAUUCUGUUAAUAUCUAUCUAUCUAUCUAUCUAUCUAUCUAUCUAUCUAUCUCAUUCGUCUGUUUUUAUCUAUCUAUCAUUAUUUCUAUCUAUCUAUCUAUCUAUCUAUCUAUCUAUCUAUCUCAGUCUGUUUUUAUCUAUCAUUAUUUCUAUCUAUCUAUCUAUCUAUCUAUCUAUCUAUCUAUCUAUCUAUCUAUCUAUCUCAGUCUGUUUUUAUCUAUCAUUAUUUGUAUCUAUCUAUCUAUCUAUCUAUCUAUCUAUCUAUCUAUCUAUCUAUCUCAGUCUGUUUUUAUCUAUCAUUAUUUGUAUCUAUCUAUCUAUCUAUCUAUCUAUCUAUCUAUCUAUCUAUCUAUCUAUCUCAGUCUGUUUUUAUCUAUCUAUCAUUAUUUCUAUCUAUCUAUCUAUCUAUCUAUCUAUCUAUCUAUCUCAGUCUGUUUUUAUCUAUCAUUAUUUCUUCAUAUCAUCUAUCUAUCUAUCUAUCUAUCUAUCUAUAUCUAUCUAUCUCAGUCUGUUUUUAUCUAUCAUUAUCUGUAUCUAUCUAUCUAUCUAUCUAUCAUCUAUCUAUCUAUCUAUCUAUCUAUCUCAGUCUGUUUUUAUCUAUCAUUAUUUGUAACUAUCUAUCUAUCUAUCUAUCUAUCUAUCUAUCUAUCUAUCUCAGUCUGUUUUUAUCUAUCUAUCAUUAUUUGUAUCUAUCUAUCUAUCUAUCUAUCUAUCUAUCUAAUUCUGUUAAUAUCUAUCUAUCUAUCUAUCUAUCUAUCUAUCUAUCUAUCUAUCUAUCUAUCUAUCUAUCACACCACGCUCCCCUUAUUAUUGACACGUGACGGUGCAAACCGCUAG